AUGCAUCGCUCCACAACUAGGUCUCCCUCUCCGAUCGCCGAUCUUCAAUCGAAGCUCUCACGAAUUGCUUUUCAACAAGAACAGCUCAAAAUCGCAUUCAAUCAUCUCCAUUCUCACAUCCGAACCAGUUUGAUCGAAGCCGAAGAUGUAUUUGCGUCUCUGGCGGUUCCAUUGAUGAUGCUUGUUGGAUUGAAGACCGGGGAAAUGGCGGGCGAAGGACGAUUCAGUUCCAUUAUUAUCAAUGAUAAGAACAACUAUUAUCCUUCGAAUUAUAAAGGACUAAAUGUUGCCGCUAAAGCCACCAAAGCAUGCAAGGAGCUAAUCCAUAAACAAAAACUGCAGCUAAUGCAAUUAGUGCAGCUUCUGAAACAAAUUGAGGCCCAGGUUAAUUCUAGCCAAGAUGACAUCUUUCAGACCCUUGCUGAUCAACGGGCAUCUAUCCAAAAAUUAUUUCAGCAAGCUGUUGCAUAUGUUUAUGCCACUCACCAAUCAUGUCAAAGUAAUGGCACCUCUAUCAACAUGGUAAAGCUUCUGAAAAUCACGUAUGACCAUGUUGAUUCAGCCCUUGGUUCAGUGGAGAUUGGAGUGGAAAACCUGAUGACUAAGCUGGGUGAUAAAAUGUGCAACCCAAUGGUUCAGUAUGUUAAUGAACUUAAAACUGAUGUUGUUACUGGAACCUGUCCGAAUCUGCUGGCAAUGGUGGAGGAGAUUGGAGGAGAAAUGAGGCUUCGAAGCCUACAGUUGGAGGAAGCAAGAAAAAGGGUGAGAGCAGUUGAAAAGAGUAGAAUCGAUGCUUUAAAUAAGUUGAGGGAAACUGAAGGAAGAAUGGAAAUGUUGAAGGAAGAACAGAGUUUUCUUUCAGAAAUAAAAGAUGGUUCAAGAGGACAUUCUGUUUCUGAGAAGUCCGUGAAGCUUCUAUAUGCGGAGGAAGAUCAAGCUAAGGAUGAAAAGCUACUGUGGGAGCUACUUAGGAAAAAAAGAAAACUGCAAGUACCUGACAGUCCAUUUGGAGCAAAGGAGCUUCUAGGCAUUGGAACCUGUGAGAGAUAUCUUAGAUCGAAAAGGGCAGUAUCUCCAAUCAGUUGCAGGCCAAAUAAAACUAGCCAACUAGCAGGACUAACUCCACAAACUCCGAGGAUCGAAUUUCGGACACCAUUGGGUUCUUCUCCUUCAACCACAAUUCAUCAAGUUCUGUCACGCAAGCGCAUUACUCCCUGACCACAUGGUUGAACAGAUGCUGGGCUCCUUGCUUGUUGGUUGAUCUAGGAGCAAUUAACAUGGCUUUUCCUUGGGAAGCUAUCCUUUCUUUCUCACCUAGUGUAAAUAGAGUGAUUGCCAGAAGCAGUUAAGCGUACAUUUGUUUCACCUCAACAGCACUCUCUUAUGUUCUAUGUAAAGUGUAAACUCUAAUGGUAGGAUGACUUGGAAUUGGAAUCUACGUCUUAUGGUUGAUAUUGAUUUGCUCGGAAGCAUGUAAUGAUCAGAUUCAUGGCAAG